CUGAAACUUACCUACUUUGACGCGUUUGUGAGAAAACUAAACGUUUUAGUGGGUGAUUAGGGGUUGAAACAGUCUUUCGAUGAAACGGGGGUCGAUAUAUUCUCGUGAUGACGACUGAUUUUUCAAAAAACUGAUUUCUACCUCAAUAUAGUCGCGUCAAUCACCAUCGUAUCUGAAAGCAUGCGAGCCUCUGAAAUGUCAAAAAUCCUCGACUGACCAAUUUAAAUCCAACAAAUAACCAUUCGGAUGUUUACGGGCCCAAACAAUGAGGCAGUUACAGUAGCACACAAUAAGAGCAGCGAGAAACCGGCGGACGAAUUAUUGCAGAGCAUCACAGCGUCCAGUGAGGCCCAUGAUUGUCAAUUGGGGCGGGGGUCAAUCUAAGUGUGACCACAUCUAACCACCAUGGACUUCGAGACGCUGGCGAGAGGACUUAAUUGCACCCCUCCGGCAAUAGAUGAUUUUCCGAAGGACUUUUUUUCCGAAAAGCAACGCCAAGAUGGCGCUGUCAUAGUGCAUAUUUUAGUUUCCCUCUACCUCUUCGUUGCUUUGGCUGUAGUCUGUGAUAAAUAUUUUGUACCAGCAGUCGACAAAAUAUGUCAGGCGUUGAACAUGUCUGUGGACGUGGCAGGAGCUACUUUCAUGGCAGCCGCCACCUCGGCUCCAGAGCUCUUCGUCAACGUUAUCGGAACCUUCAUCACCGAAGGAGAUAUUGGGGUAGGAACGAUAGUGGGAUCGGCCGUCUUCAAUAUCCUGGCCGUUGCAGCGUGCUGUGGCAUCGGGGCAGGAAUGUGUGGAGCGAAAGUGGUUCCCUUAGAUUGGUGGCCACUAACCAGAGAUUGUUUAGCAUACGGCAUAACUGUAUCUAUUUUGAUCUGUAUCAUCCAUGAUGAAAGAGUGGAAUGGUAUGAAGCAUUGUGCUUGGUCUUACUGUAUAUAGUUUACAUCUUCAUCAUGUACUUCGAUAAAUCCAUCCAGAAAUUUGUGAGGGGCAGACUGGAGUACAUACGCACCAAAAAGGCACAAAACAAAGAGAAAGCUAGCUGUAAAUCCACAGACAUUUUGGAGACGCAUUUACACCUACAACUUCCAGACGAGAAUGGAAAAGAAGACACGGAUAGCAAAGAUAACAACAUUGAAAUAGAUCAAGAUAAAUUGGCCAACAGAAACAACGACCAUGCCAAAUCUGCAGACAAAGACAAUAACAUCCUUUUCAUCGAUCAAAACUCUGAAACUCCUGUUCCUGCUCAUGUUAAUGGUUCCAUAAAGAAUCCCGUGACAGCUGAAGUAGCUGAUGUAGCAGAGGCCAAUAAUAAAACAGAAGAGAGUAAAAGUGUAGGAGGAGAUGAAGAACCACAUAGUUUGUGGAAAUGGCCGACAGGCAGUGGAAUAUUCCGAAAAAUAACUUGGGUAAUAACAUGGCCGAUUUACCUAGUAUUUUUGUUUACCAUUCCGGAUUGCGAGAGACCCAGAUUCAAGAAAUGGUUUCCGUUGACAUUUUUCAUGUGCAUUGUUUGGAUUGGUUCGCUAUCAUAUGUUGUAGCUUGGAUGAUAACGAUUAUUGGAGAUACAUUGAAAAUUCCGGAUUCUGUAAUGGGCAUCACAUUUUUGGCAGCUGGUACCAGUAUCCCAGAAGCAGUGUCUAGCGUGAUAGUCGCUAAACAAGGACACGGUUCCAUGGGGAUCAGCAAUUCCAUCGGGUCUAACACGUUCGAUAUCUUGCUCUGUUUGGGGUUGCCUUGGUUCAUCAAGGCAACUUUCAUGCCUACAAUAGCUGGAAAACAAUGGCCUCGCUGUUCGUUGGAUGAACGAGUCUUUGGAAAAAGAUGUUCUGCAGGCCUCCAAAGUGACCACGAAGGGGUGCGAAGCCUCAACUCGACGGGUUAG